GAAGCUUUUGCAAGUACGAGUUGCGAGCCUCAGGCCAAUAUUUACGGGAGAUCUGCCGGUUGGGAGUUCUCUCUUAUGGUUCAAGCAGUCAUGCUCGAAUGGCUGGAGUCGGCAAAGCAUGUGCGAUACCGGCCGGAGAGGUUGGGGUGAGGCCGUGCUUGCUGUUUCUGAUCGGCUUGAGAAGCCGGACAGCACUUUGCAUCUACACGCGUUAUGUGCGCUGGGACGUCUCGGCCAUAAUGGAGUCUCUCCGCUCUUCUAUUGAAGGUUCGCAGCCUCCCAGCAAACGUCAGAAAAGAAAGACGGUCGCAUGUCGACGCUGUCAUGACCAAAAGACCAAAUGUGAUGGCGAGAAGCCUUGCAAGAACUGCUUACAGUCUGACAAGACGUGUGAGUACCCUAUGCGAGAUCGUAAAGUGACUGUGAAUGAAAGUUACAUACAGCAAUUACUGGCCGAGAACGAUCGCCUCAAACGAAGCGUGAAUGAUGAAGAAAGCCAUGAGGACACUACAGACAUCACAAACACAGACGAUGAGAAGCGAGGAGAUAAUCCUCUCAUUGAGAAAGAAGCAUGGUUCUUGCCAUAUGAUCCCAGUCCUAUCUAUAUAGGCGAGGCUGCUUGUACUGGCUUUUCGACAAGAGUACGUCAGCUGUUGGUGAGCGUUGAGGCCGAGAACCAUAUUCCGAGAACUUCAUUCAUCAAAGACCCCCAACUGGAUGCCGCUCUCAACACAACUGCGCAAUGGCCCAGCAGACCUCAGGCUUUCCUCUUAGUAAACACUGCUCUCAACACGAUUGGCAAGUGCUACCACUUGUGUCCUGCCUCUGCAGUACGAGCCACGCUUGACCGCGCUUAUCAAGACUUGCGAUCUCUCGACCAGCUAGCAGUAUGCAAGUUGUUCGUGCUCUUUGCACUGGGAGAAGCGUACUCUAUCAGAUCACCGUUGGACAAUACAGGUGCACUUCCUGGACUGCACUACUUCGCAAGAGCCAAGACUAUCCUGCGCGUCAUUCCGGAACGGCCCAAGAUUGACCAUAUCGAGAUUCUUGUAAUGUUUGCUCUCUACAACUCGGUCAUGAACAGAAGGCAUAGCGCAUUCCGUUACAUCGGUUCCGCUAUAAGGUUAGGCUUGACAAUAGGUCUAUAUCAAAACAUGGCAGAACGACAGCUACCAGACAAAGCAGCCAGACAACGAAGAGUACGUCUGUGGUGGACGAUGUAUGUUCUGGACAGAAUGAUGAGCAGCAAAGUCGGUUACCCAACUUCACUGAAAGACGAGGAUGUCGAAACAGACCUUCCGACCGACGAAGGUCUGACGCAAUCACAAAAGGACGACUUCAUAGACGCCGACUACCUUACUGCUAGUAUCAGUCUAGCUCGUAUCGCUGGCGGCAUCAUCGGUAGUCUAUACAGUCGAAGAAAGCUUCCGGACACCUUCUCGCAACGAGUACAAGCCAUUUUCCGCAAGCUUCGAGACUGGGUCGAAGCGUUACCACCGAGCAUGCAGUUGCGGCAGGAAGAUGCUUCGAGUCAGAUUGCACGACACAUUGUGAUGCUACAUUUGUCAUUCAACCAGUGCGUCAUCUUAGCCACUCGACCAAUAUUACUCCACGUCUUCAGGAUUUCGAACAGGAUCGGUGGCGCGACAGAAGAGAUAUCUCAGGCUACUCUAGCAUUGGCAUCUACAUGCUCCCACUCGGCAGGCCACAGCUACCGCCUACUGAUGCGUAGCUGGGUGAAUGGGUCCUUUUUCACCCUUGAUUAUUUAUCUGCGCAGUAUCUCUUCGCUUCAGCCACCGUUCUAGCAAUAUCAAGCCUAGCACCCGACAGCCAUGCCAAGGCGCACCAGAACGACUUGGAAUCUGCGACUCACCUCCUACGCCAAUUGAGUAUGCUAGGUAACUUAGCAGCAUCAGAGUUCUGCGGUCACCUAGAUGCUGUUCUACGGUCUAUUGUUACCUUCAAGGCCUCAAGAGGAGAAUCUAGCGAAGCUUCUACCAUGGUUCAGGCUAGUCCCGCGGCCAGUCGUCCCGAUACUGUUACCACGGAAAUGGCCCUUUUUGGUCCUUUGGUAGGAGACUUCUUGACGCAGACAGAUACUGAGCUAGGUAUGCCUCUGCUUCUCGAUGAUAGCGCUUUGGACUGGAGUGCAUGGGCUGGGGUUCUAGCUGACCAGGAACCCACACCUGGACAUAUCAAUAUAGGUCUAUGAAUGCCUGUACAUGAUUUGCGAGAUUUAAGCAUAAUGUAAGAGCAAUCCUCGUUAUCCACUUCUUUGUCCCCCUACUGUAAGCGGUGCUAAACUGGGCGUAUAAUGGUCUUUCUCUUCAGAAUCGAGGCCAGCAAUGCUCGAAAAUCAACAAUUAUCGAUUUUACCAUGUUGUCAUUAGUGGUGAGAACACUCCCCAGCAUCUAUCUUUGCUUGUAAAUUUGCUGGCAAUGCUUUCCUCGUUCCAAAUCUUCACGUUGGAGACUCAGAGAAGUCUCAGGUAGCGCAGUUGGCCAUCCACCCAUGUAUGACUUUGAACCACUACAGGCUUCACUAUUGGACCCGUAGCUCAGCCUCCAGGCAUGCCUUUUGUUCAAAUACGACACAUGAGACGUGACGCCAAGCCGCGGGAAGCAACACAGGGAAUCCC